AUGGCUGCUCAAAAUCUGUCAAGAGCGGCGCGCAUUAUUCUGGUCGGCGCACCAGGCGUGGGAAAAGGCACCCAGACUGAGCGCUUGAUGAACAAGUUCCCAGAGCUGUCCUCGAUCAGUUCUGGCGACCUGCUGAGGAAGAAUGUCAGAGAGGGCACCCCGCUCGGCAUCCAGGCCGAAUCCAAGAUGAAGGCUGGCGCGCUCGUCCCGGACAGCAUGAUUCUGCGACUCAUCGUCAAUGAGCUCUCGAUGCGCGGGUGGAUCAGAGAUAGCACGUUGCGGCCAUACGCCGUGUAUGCGAGCCCCGUCGCCGUCGAGGAGCACACAGUCGACUCGGUUUCAAUCCCAUCUGCGAUCAAGACAGCCAAGUACACGUACUCGGACCGCCCCGAGGCGUCGUUUAUCUUGGAUGGCUUCCCUCGCACGGCGACCCAGGCAGUCCAGCUGAACGACAUCGUGCCUAUCAAUAUGGUCGUCAGCAUCAACACGCCGAGCGAGAUCAUCAUCGACCGCAUCUGCAACCGGUGGGUACACGCGCCCUCAGGACGUGUCUACAACACCACAUUCAAUGCGCCCAAGGUUGAAGGCAAGGACGACAUUACAGGCGAGCCGCUCACCCGCCGAGCUGACGACGAUCCUGAGGUGUGGAAGCAGCGGCUCCGGAGCUUCAAGGAGAACAACGAGCCGCUGCUCGAGCACUACGACAAGGCGGGCCUGCUCUGGACCGUAAACGGUGACAGCAGUGACGAGAUCACGCCCCAGAUAUUCAAGGAGUUUGGCAAGCGAUUUGGCAUACCGGCUCCGGAGGUAGUUGGAGGACUGUAA